AUGGAUAUGGUCGGAUUGAAGGAAACAGCAUCAGCUGUAGCAACGGCGCCAACGUCGGCAGCGACUAUGUCUGCAGGUGACACAACACAUCUGACGAGCUAUUUCCGGUGCCAGAAAUAUUCGGGAACAAUCCUAGCUCAUAUUAUUUUGAUGGCCAUAGCUUGGGUUAUCAUUCUCCCUGUUGGUGUUGUAUUUAGUGUUGCCAAAUCCCGAUUUGCAUUGCCAACCCAGUUUGGUUUCUUGGUUAUCAAUGCUGUUGCCUUGCUGUGCGGUUUCAUAUACAGCAAUCAAACCCCAGAUCUGUAUGAAAAUAAUGCGCAUACCAAGAUCGGCUGGAUUGCCACAUGGGCCAUGGUUGCAAAGAUGGUUAUGGGGUUGAUCCUCAGCUAUUCAGGGAGCAGGAAUGCUACAGAUAAUAAGGCCUAUGAAAGAGUUGCGUUCCUUUCUGUCGACACCGGUUCAAGUCGAGUCAGGUCCUAUCCCCAGGCUGCUAGUCGUCAGCAUCGCUGGUCUGGGGACAGCGGUCAAGGCAGUGAAGAGCACACUUAUUCUCCCCGCAGUCGAUGCAGCUCUUUUGAACAUGACAGGCUGGAGGGUGAGGAGCUGGAGGUACCUAUUAUUGAAUCCAGAGAUAAACCUGCUCGCUGGCUGUCUCCAAUUGGAUCCAUUAAUAGAUAUUUGUCAUCUCGUGUGCCGCAACUGGCUUCUCAACGCGUCGUUGGUGCAUUGACUGUGAGCCAUACUAUCAUUGAAAGGACAAUUCUCAUCCUCGGAUUCUUCGCCCUUACUUCUGGCGCGGUUGUUUAUACUGGAAUUUUCCGUGGGCGCCAAAUCUUCAACGGGCUUGCGCACUUCAUUAAAGGUGGCAUUUUCAUGUGGUAUGGAUUCUUGACUCUUGGUCGAUGGCUUGGUUGUUUCUCGGACUUCGGAUGGGCAUGGAAUGUGAAGCCAUCUCGUGCCAUCGUAGGGGGUUGGAAGUCGAGAGUCCCAACAGCAGAAUUUACGGAGUCUUUUGUUAUAUUCCUGUACGGAGCAAGUAAUAUGUUCCUGGAGCAUCUCGGUGGAUGGGGAGGCCCAUGGACUGCCCACGACCUCGAGCAUGUCUCGAUAACUAUCAUGUUCUUCGGGGGAGGCUUGUGUGGAAUGCUGGCUGAGUCCCGUCGAGUGCGUGACUGGGUGAAUCUGACGGCUUUGGGCCCACCUCCAAUCUCUCUUGACAAGGAAUACACGUCGGGCUCUGAUGAAUGGAGACCACCGAGGUCUCAAGGAGUUUCCUUGAAUCCUAUGCCCGCCACGAUAAUCUUGCUUUUAGGACUAAUGAUGAGCUCCCACCACCAGCAUAGCAUGGUGUCCACCAUGGUUCACAAACAAUGGGGUAUGCUUUUGGUCGGAUUCUCAUUGGCACGAGCCGUCACAUAUAUUCUGCUCUACAUCAACCCACCAAGCUCAAUUCUUCCUUCUCGGCCACCGUCAGAGCUUGUCGCCUCAUUCUGCCUUAUUUCAGGCGGACUUGUCUUUAUGCUAAGUACUGCAGAUGUUGUAGCAGCAAUGGAGUACCACGACCUCAACGCAAUGAUUGUCUUUACCGUCGGAAUGGGGGUCACGGCCCUCGCUAUGGCCUGGGAGAUCGUAGUCAUAUCUCUGAAGGCAUGGGCAACGAAAAAUUCGGCUUCCCCAUCCCCAAUUCACCGGGAAUUUCAGUUUCCAGAAUAA